GCUGCCUUGUCUUUCCCCUUCGCCGUCGCCACACAACGCCCGCUAUUGUCGACAUCGAUUGGCAAUGUCCGAAAGCGCAGGACCGUCCACGCCGUCCCGGAAGCGGUCUCGCUGGGACACCGACGACAACACCGCGGAGUCUCCGCCACCCAUCCCAAUUCCAAAGCGUCGCACCAAGCCGAAGCCUACGCGGUCCGACGCAUCCCACACACCAGAGCAUACAGGAACGCCAGUACAGUCAUUGCAAUCUCAGAGCGGCACACCACGUCCGCGGCCAUUACACAGUCGAUACGUCCCUCCAAGGACCGCCCAUCCGCCACUUCUCCCUUCGCGUUCAGUAUACUGCUACGAGAGACUCAACGCGAUCGAGGAAGGGUCUUACGGCGUAGUCUUCAGGGCACGAGACAAACAAACCGGGGACAUCGUUGCGCUCAAGAAGUUGAAGCUCGACGAGGAGAAGCAUGGAUUUCCCAUCACCGCUCUACGGGAAGUCAACGCGCUCAUGGUGUGCAGACAUGAGAAUGUGGUCGGAAUCCGCGAAGUGGUAGUCGGCGACACCUUAACGCAGGUGUUCAUCGUGAUGGACUUCAUAGAGCAUGACCUCAAAACGCUACUGAGCGUCAUGCCCUCGCCGUUCCUCCAGUCCGAAGUCAAGACCCUCCUGCUCCAGCUGCUCUCCGCCAUCGCCUACUGCCACGAACGCUGGAUCCUGCACCGCGACCUGAAGACGAGCAACCUGCUCAUGAACAACCGCGGCACGAUCAAGGUCGCCGACUUCGGGCUCGCGCGGCGCUACGGCGACCCCGUCGGCGUCGGCGGCCUCACGCAGCUCGUCGUCACGCUCUGGUACCGCGCGCCCGAGAUCCUCCUCGGCGCAACGACCUACUCGACCGCGGUCGACAUGUGGUCCGUCGGCUGCAUCUUCGCGGAGCUGCUCCUCAACGAGCCGCUCUUCCAGGCGAAGGGCGAAAUCGAGAUGAUCUCCAUGAUCUUCAAGCUGCUCGGCCCGCCGACGAGCCAGUCGUGGCCCGACUUCAACGCCCUGCCGCUGGCUAAGAGUAUCACCCUCCCAGCGCCUCAUCCUCCACAGCUCAGGCAGAAGUUUCCGUAUAUCACGAGUGCAGGAUUGGACCUCAUGUCGCGUCUGCUUGCGUAUGAUCCCGAGGACAGGAUCACGGCAGACGAAGCUCUGAAGCAUCCAUACUUCAGCGAGUCCCCGUUGCCGAAGCACCCCGAUCUCUUUGGGUCGUUCCCUUCCGCUGCUGCUGGGGAGAAGCGAAGGAAACCAGACAGCCCGUCGGCUCCCGCCCGCGCUGCAGACUACAAGCUUCUCACUGAGUUCGACUGAGCCUGCAUCGUGUUGGCCUUGUGAUAGUAUAUGUAUGUACUCAGAGCGUCGUGAAUUGGCACAAGGCUCCCGAGAAUCAUCGUGUUAGGUAGAGCGAGUACAAUAGUUAUACAACAUCCAGCGCACUACAGAAUACCCUAGUACUGAGAUACAAGCCAUCAAGGCCAUUACACGAGUGGGGGCUCUUCGUCGUCUGGUAGCGCGUUGAGGACCUCCCGCAUCUUCUUGAAGCGAUUCCUCGUGCGUGCCGCAUCACCGCACUUGUCGUAGUACUCCUUCACCUCUUCGAUGAGGAACCGGAACUCCAUCGCGAUGUCGCGCACGGCCUGGUCGAUGACAUGCAGGCCGUUGGUCGUACUCGGGUCUUCCGGUGGGCUCGUCUUCUGACGCUUGCUGGCCUCUUCUUCCUCGUCGACGAGCUUCCGCUUCGCCCAGGCAGGGGCAGGGCCGUUGCCCUCCCGGACCUGCCACUCGACCUCGUCGUCUUCCAUCUCCUCCUCGCGCGCAUUCUGGCGUGCGAUCUCCGCGCUCAUCGGUCCGGACGUGGGCACCGACAUGUGCUGGAAAACCGGCGCUGGAGGUUGGUAUACGACCGGGUUAAACGUGUCGCCCGGCCCACCGACCGAGCUCAUGACGCCAGUCAUAGCAGGCAGGGGCAUGGGCACCGUGUACGUCUCCAUAGAGUGCACGCCCGACGGCCCCGGGAGAGGCGUGGUGGCUUCUCCUACACCAGUGCCGUUAAGCAGCGCAUCUGCGAGCACGUCGCCGUUCGCGUUGCCGUUCGCGGUGGAGUUGCGCGCCGACUUCUUCCUGGUGCGCUUGGGCUUCUCCUCGGGCUUGCGCACAUAGCCGUACUGGCCCUUCUCGCCGUGCGCGGGCUUCUUCUGCUCGACGAUCUCGGCAAUCUUGGCGUCGAGGCGCGUCGCGUUCUUCUUGUACCGCUCGCGCCAUGAUUGCCAUGUGUGUCGGGUGACCCAAGAGUAUUCAGGAUCGGUGGCUCCCAUCUCGCAGAGUUGUUGAUACAAGCGGUUGCCGGUUCUGCCACCAGUCUCUUUGUACGGGAUCUUGGCAGCGAUCCAGUCGCAGAGGUGCUGUUCAUCAUCUCGCGAGAACUGCGUCCGUUCCUCUCCUGGGCGCCGCCCACCAGGGUUCUUGUACACAACAGGGGUGUAGAUGACUUGCCCCUUGUCGAUGCAUCUCUUCACCCACAGGUACGACUCGACGUACUUCUCCGCUUCACCUUGGUACGUCUUCACCAGGUGGUUGAAUAUAUCCGUGUUCGGAUCCGCAAGAAUGACCCGCGCGGAUUGUGCGGACGCCGUCGGAUCCCCGCCAGAGUGCAUGAUGCGCGCGC